AUGUCUAUCUCCCGAGCAUUCACCAAGCGCGUCAAGCGCACCUUGGUUGACCAAGCACCGCUGCAACGUGGCACAACAGUUCGAUAUGCCCCGGGUACCAUCGAUCGCACCCUCAUCUCUUUGCCAACCGAGUUGAUCUCUACGACGAAUGUGCAGGCGUUGACCGCUCCAGACAUUCGGAGCAUCUCUGGUUCGUCCUCAGGCUCAGUUUCGUCGGGCAACGAUUCCGAUUUCUCGACCAUCGACCGCAGUUUUCUCACCAGCGCGGGGAAUGACAAUUCUUCGAUCGAUAGCAGUGGUCCUGCCACACCUGUGACACCUGGCAACGAAGACACCAAGUCGUUCUUCGAUUUGAAACAGACCGCUUCCGUUCUUCCUGCGAUUGCCUCACCAACCUUCGACACACCUGUGGUCCCGCAACGAGCUCCAUCUCAUUCGAAGAAAGCGCACGUUGAACUGUCACGGAAGCGAUCCGUCCAACGAAUGUCGCCGCCGCCUGUCAGCAUUACCCAACCGGCUCUUCGAAGCCCUGUCGACUCAUCUGCGGAGGCGCGCCACCCUUUCGGCAGGGAACUGGCACAAGUAAAUGAAGUCGCCGAAGGGUUUGGAGCUACUGCAAGGCUUCUUGAUGAGGAAGAACAAGAAAUUUUGGGCAAGGGGCUCUGUAAAUUUGGGGUGGAAGACUAUCUCGACGAAAUCGCCGGCUUGUAUGGCGGCAUCUUCGAAGACAAGCUCGGGUCAAUUGCGAAGCCAUGGCUGUAA